CGUCGCCGUAGCAUUGUUUUUUCAGAUGUCAACAUGCCGUGCUCUGGGCGAUGAUGACUAGUACGAUACAUCAAUCCGAAUCCUCCUUCAACUUUCCAAAUCAUAAAUUGAACCCAUUGCUACUAUGCCCAUAGUGUGGCGGCCUUUCACCGAACACCGGCCAACAUGACAACCAACUAUAAGGCCUUAAAGGAGGCUUUUGUCUCGAACCUAUCUGGUGGAUCAGUAUGGGAGGUGUAUGUUGUCACUGGGGUGAUGACUUCAUCGGUUCUUCUCUGGUCUAUUCUUCAGUCACGGAUGUCGUACUUCACGCCAUACACGCCCGCUGCGUGCAUUACCGACCUGAUACUACAUUGUGGGGUUGUGCUGCUUGCACUUACCCUCUACUCAUCCCACCCUCUACUUCUGCAUGCACUGCUUUUGGCACCAGCAAUCGCGAUUUACGCGACUCAUCCGAACCCUCGCAGACCCACGACGUCGAAAACCGUUGCUCGAAGCCGUAGAGUUGAACCUAAGUAUCCAGUCACUAGCACCGAUUCUGGGACGGGGGUAAUUGACUUACCCAUCAAGCCGUUCGUUACCAUGUACCGUGGCGCGAUGAUGUCCAUCACAUGUGCUGCGAUUCUUGCCGUCGACUUCCGAAUAUUUCCUCGUCGUUUCGCCAAGGCCGAAACCUGGGGCACGAGCAUUAUGGAUAUGGGGGUUGGAAGCUUCGUCUUCACGGCGGGAACGGUUUCGGCGAGAGCUAUCCUAAAAGAACGGCAGCUCGGGAAACGGGUGCCACUAUUGAAACGGCUUUACGUCAGCGUUCGACAUUCGCUGCCUUUACUGGUACUGGGACUGGCAAGAUUGUGGAGUGUCAAAGAGCUAGAUUACGCGGAGCACGUCUCGGAGUAUGGGGUUCAUUGGAACUUCUUCUUCACUUUGGCAUUCUUGCCUCCCUUCGUAGCGAUGUUCGACUCUGCAGCGAGGUUUGUCCCAUCCUAUGCUGUGCUGGCAUUCGUACUUGCAGCAGUCUAUCAGAUUGCGCUUGACUCUACCAACUUAAAGAAGUUUUUGUUGAGUGCGCCAAGAAAUGACCUCCUAAGCAUGAAUCGCGAGGGGAUUUUUUCAUUCUUCGGAUAUCUCGCGAUAUUCUUGACUGGCCGGUCCGCUGGCACGCAUAUCUUGCCACGAGAACGGUCGGUGCGAGACUUUCCGGAUGACAAACCUGGAUCGUUCAUUUCCAAAGCGAUGAGGUACCGCCAGACGGCACUGGGUACUCUCGUGUCAUGGUCAAUCAUUUGGAGCGUACUUUAUUUGAUCACUACAGAGUACUAUUCACUCAAUCUCUCAGUGUCCCGUCGCCUUGCCAAUCUUCCUUAUGUACUUUGGGUUGCAAGUUACAAUUGCACUCAGCUUGCAUUUUGCUAUCUUGCUGAGAAGCUCUCCUUUCCUUGGAUCUAUGGUUCCUCGGACGAGGACAAGGCCAAAGAGAAGAAGAGGAUUCAACGAUCGACCAGCCAAGUGCUCAAUGCCAUCAACCGGAACGGCCUAGCGGUCUUUUUGUUUGCAAACCUCUUGACCGGCUUAAUCAACAUGACCCUUCCGACACUGCACAUGACCGAACUGCAAAGUAUCGGUGUCCUCCUGGCAUACAUGGCGGUACUCGGAACCUCGGCUUUGAUACUUGAUUUCUACGAUAUCUCAAUCAAACUCUAAAGCCGGAUCCUUUGAUGCUGACGCAAUUGGGUGAAUUUAGACUAGAAUUCAUUUCAUGCAUUCGACUCUGUUCUAGACCCAUGUCUCACCUCUUCAAUGUGUUGAGGACCAACUGUCUUAUUUCAAAAUGAUCAUAGCACAUAGGGUACAAAGAAACAUGUCUGACAAUGCUAUUACAGGCUGGACCGAUCGCCUUGUCUCAAGGAGCCGCAGCGCACAA